AUGGCAGACACAAACGUAAACGGCUUGCCGCCAGCCGAUGCUGCAAGCGGAGCUGCACCAGCCACAGAAGAGAAGGAGAAUGGACAUCCGAAUGGCGACAUGCCCAAGCCGCAGAAAUCAGACACUGGUUUCGCAAGCAAGAAGAAAGGCCCAGAGGGCGGCUUCGACGAGACGCCCAUACCGCGCGCGCCUCCUGGCUACACGGUCAAGUUUACGUUGCACCGCGCAAACAACCUGCCGCUCGCCGAUAUCAACACUCUCUCGGCCGACCCAUUCGUCGUCGCCCAGCUCACCACGGGGCUCCCAACGAGACACAAGGAAGACCCGCCGCUGACGAUGCGCACGCCUACGAUACGGCAGAGCACCGAUCCCGAGUGGAACAGCGAGUGGAUAGUGGCCAAUGUGCCGGCGUCUGGCUUCAGGCUCAAGUGUCGCAUAUACGACGAAGACCCUGCAGACCACGACGAUCGCCUGGGCAACGUGCAUGUCGAAGUCGGCGCCAUCAAUGAGGGUUGGGAAGGCAUACACGACCAGACGUUUCCAAUUCGGAAGCGCAUGGUGAGCAAGCGAGCGUAUGCGCUGCGUGCCAUGGCCGUGUGCUUUGGCAAGGCGCACCAUAUGAGCGGUACGCUCAAUGUCAGCGUUGAAGUGCUGGGUAGGACAGGGGACGAAAAUGGCGGGCGCGCCUACACCAUUGGACCGCAGUUCUGGAUACGGCAUUACUCGCCGCUAUUGGGACGUCUGCUGGGCCAGAAAGAACCCAAUGAAGAUGGCCAAGUGUCGCGGAGAACAGGCAAGCAGAAGCCGGAAAAGUACAACUUCCAGUCCAACCAGAUGCAGCUACGCGGCCCAGUGCCCGAAGCAAUGUACCACCGCUACGUCGAAUUCAAGCCGUUUGUUAAGAGCAUGUACACGGCCAAAGGCGUGCGGGGUUUCAUCCUAUCCAAAGCCCUACACCACCAACACGCGCGCGUCUACAACUUCGACGCGGCCACAGAAUUCAAAGUCCUGCCAGGCCCCUGCAAAGAAUUCGCUCAAAAGUUCCUUGAGCUCGUCCACUGGGACCAAGGCGGCCGCAUCUUCACCUACGUCCUCACCCUCGACGCCCUCUUCCGCUUCACGGAAACAGGCAAAGAAUUCGGCAUUGACAUGCUAAGCAAGCACACCAUGCACAGCGACGUAGCACCCUACAUUGCCUUUUCCGGCGAAUUCUUUAUCCGCCGCCUCAAACAUAAGGACCGCAAACCUCCAGACGAAGGCGGCGACAACGCCGCCCACCCCCCCUCGGACAUUGACGGUGGCCCCCCCAACGACGACCCAAAGAAAGACCCCGCCUACUACGAACUCGUCAUCGACAACGACUCAGGCACCUACCGUCCCAACGCCGCCCUCCUCCCCCAGCUAAAAGCCUUCUUCGAAACAAACUUCCCCGGCCUGCACAUCCGCACCCUCGACUGCCAGGGCGACGCCGAGAAAAUGGAGGCCAUGAAGUCGGAGCAGCGCGAGCGCAAGAAGCAAGAGGGCCAGGCGGUCGUGUAUACCCAGAUUAGCAGGAGUAGCAGUAUGAGUAGCAGUGAUGAGGAGGAGUUGGAUCGCUUGGAACGAGAGGGUGAGAUGGCGCCUAGGCAUUUGAGACAUCAGGUGCAACGCGAGGCCGAGGCUAGGGUCGAUGCGAUGAAGUUUCAUGCUAAAGAAUUUAGGCCGAGGGGUAAGCGCGGUGGUGCGGCUGACCAGGGGAAUGCUGCGUCGUCGUCUGCUGCGGCGGUGUAG